GAAAUAGAAAACCUUUGUGGGAUCACCUUGGUUUAGCAGGCCCAUCUGUGCGCAGGUGGUAGUGAUUCAUCUCUGAGAUCAAAACAAAACCUAGUUUCAGACACUACAACACCAGCGACCAUGGCGAGUAGGAGGUGUCUGCGAACUUUAACAAAAACGACACCGUUUCUCUUCAGAAACCUAUCUUCUCUCCGCUCUCUCACUCUGCCUCCAUUUCAGCUUGCCAAAGCUUCUUCACCUGUUUCCACCACACCCGCCUCUGCUUUUGCACAAUGGCCUCAGCUACGCUAUUUCUCUUCCGACAAACAAGACGAUCACAGCGACGAAGAGGAUUUUAGUGAAGAAGAAGAUUAUGAAGAUGACGACGACGACGACGAUGUCCCUGUGUCGAGUCGGAAGAAGGUUUAUACGGCGGAGGAGAAGGAGGCGGAAGCCGAGGCUAUCGGCUACAGAGUGGUUGGUCCCCUUUCAAAGGACGAUGACGUUUUUAAGCCCUAUGAACCUGUUUUCGCUGUUGUUCAGGUUGGAUCGCACCAGUUUAAAGUAAGUAAUGGAGACAGCAUUUUCACCGAAAGGCUGAAGUUUUGUGAAGUGAAUGACAGGUUGAUUUUGAACAAAGUUCUAUUGCUUGGCUCUGCUAGUCAGACAAUUAUUGGCAGACCAAUAGUACCAGAUGCAGCUGUUCAUGCUGUUGUUGAGGAGCAUGCACUAGAUGCAAAGGUGAUUAUUUUCAAGAAAAAGAGAAGAAAGAAUUACAGAAGAACCAAAGGGCAUCGACAGGAGUUGACAAAGUUAAGGAUAACUGAUAUUGAGGGAAUUGAGAAACCUCAAGUUGUAUUGACUGAAAAGCCUUCAAAACCUGCCAAGAAAGAGCAGGAAAAGGUAGCAGUUUCUGCUUAAAAAGGAUGUACUAUCCCCGCUUAGCUGUUGACACUUAUUGCUGCUCUCUCUGUCAGUAAGUUUUGAUAGUUGGAUGGCAUUUAGGGAGCAUGAGUAUUGCUGAUAAGCUCCAUUUGCAUCUGCAAAUUCUUGUUAAGCAGAAAUAGUCAACCAUCCACUUGGUAGUCAGGUUUUGUAGGAUUUUACACAAUUUUUCUUUUCCCUUUUGUAAUGCUAUAACUAGCGAUUGGAUGUUUGAAAUCAAUUCUUAAACUGGCUUCGAGUCUCAUUCAAUAACGACUCCUGUAUUUUAAUGUUAGAUAAAAACAUGAUAUUGUGGAA